AUGGAUACAGUGGUACCUGCUCCGAAUGCUGCUACAAUUGAAAAUGGGACAGCGAACAGUGGAUAUUUUACACCAAAAGGGUAUCUCAAUCAGAAUAUUGUCAAAGAAGCCGAAGCAGUACGAGAAAAACGAAUCGAAAGUCCACGAUUCUCGACGACGUCAUCAGAAUACAAUGUUCCAGUGUCUCCAUCGUCUCGAUUUCCUUCGUCGUCACCACUCAUCGUCAUAAGUCCUCCAAAAGAUGACGCCACUCCAAUUACUGUACUUCCAACCGCAGUCCGUGCCAUGCCAGAUACCCAUCACAGAAGUCUUAUAGUUGCCAUAAUCGCUGCUCUUCUUGUUUUCACCGCCGUCGUUUUCAUGCUCCUUCUUGUCAUUUUUUCUUAA